GGACGCCUAGGUAACUUCCGGUGCAUUUUGAAACGAGCUGGCUAUUCUAUUAUAGCUCACCGGUCCGGAUAAUCUAGGCCGUUUAAAGCUCUAAUAGUAACUGGCUAAUAGUUCUUAUUCUGUAUUCAAAGUGAUACGACAAUAGGGAAUACAGGAGUAUCUUAGCUUACGUUAAUCCUUAAAUUUGUUAUUUUUUGUUGCAUAGUUAAACCUUCAUGCGAAAAAACUUUCUUUCUUUGAAUAAAUCUUCAAUGUCGCGUUUUACAAUUAUGUAGAUAUAUGACCGUGUGCAUUCGUUUGUGUGUAAUUAAAGUUACUUUCUGGAGUUAUAUAAAAACCGGUCAAAUGGAAAGUACUCUUGUAACCGGUUUGUUAUCGCAACAAAAUAUCACUCCUUCCAACUUCUAUAAAUAGUAAGAGAACAUGUGUUAUAAAACCAAUGAUCUCUCUUGCGAAAUGUUUAAAAAUUGCCCUUCGAAUUAUGCACGAAUGAGAUUGGCUAUCGAAAAAAAGAUUUCGUCGAAGAACUCAUCGCAAUCUUUUAAAGAUGAUGGAAAAUCAAACAAUUUCCGGAACUGCGGUAAUAAAAAGUUUUCAAGGAAGCAAUUCGAAGAUGCUAUUCUAGACUACAAUAUGGCUAUUAGGUAUGCUAAGACAAAGGAAGUACUGAGUAUGGCUUUAGCCAAUAGAUCUGCUUGUUUAUUUCAUAUGCAAUUGCACGAAAGUUGUCUGAGGGAUAUAGAUAUGGCUUUAGUGGAGGGUUAUCCUAAAGAGUUAGCCUUUAAACUUCUCCAAAGAGCAUGCAAAUGUUGCAAAGCUCUUGGACACAAAGACGCAUAUUUUCAAGCAUACUUUAACAAGUUCAAAGAUCAUUUAAAGUAUAUUAAAGAUGGAGAGAAAGUUUUAGGAAAUUUAGAAAAGGAAUUGAAAGAAGUUACUCUAUCUAAAAAUUCGAUAGAUGAAGGAUUUUUCUCAGAUAUACCAUCGUUAAAUAAUAAUAGGAAUGCUAAAUUUCCUAGUUUGUCUAAAUCUGUAAAAGUAUGUUAUACAGAAGAAUAUGGGCGCUACAUCGCAGCUGCAACUGAUUUAGAAUGUGGUGAAUUAAUCGUGGUGGAAAAGCCAUAUGCGAAAACUCUGUUAACUGAUUGCACGUCUAGUCAUUGUGAUUACUGUUUACAACAAAGCUUUAACUUAAUCCCUUGUAAAGACUGCCCUGAUGUUCUAUUUUGCAGUUUGGAAUGCCAAACUAAUGCUCAGACUUAUCACAAAUACUUGUGUACAUAUUUAGAGUAUUUACGGAAUGCCGGAGUUGAUAGAGCUGGUCUUUUGGCAGCGUAUCUAGUCAGUCGGAAACCACUGACAUAUUUUAUUAAUUUUAAAGUUGAGUAUGACGAUAAAAAGUACAACUUUUUGCCAACUUUUUCGAACGAUUCCGAUAUCGAUUACGUUUACGAAUGGAAUUCUUAUCAAAAUAUUUUUAGCCUUAAAACUAACGAAGAGAACCGAUCUGAACAAGAUCUUUUAGAUAGAAUAAAAAAUGCUUUGAUUAUUACUGACGUAUUUGAAAAAUCCGGCUAUUUUGAAUCUCAACUAAACAAUGAAAAUAAAAGUUGGAUUGGAGGUAUUAUUCUCACGCAUUUACAAAAUUUCCCUUGUAACGCUCAUUCAAUACACGAAGAAAUUUUAACACCUGGCUCUAGUGCAAUAUCUACUGAACUUGCCGAAAUUGGUUGUGGAAUUUAUGCUACUUUAAGGUUUUUGGGUUUAUACUAUAAGCAAUUACCUUUAUCAGAUAAUCAUUCAUUGUUAGAGUUGUUAAACGAUCUACUACCAAUUUAGUAAACCCAAAAAUCUUAUUGUACAAGUCUCUUCAAUCAUUCUUGUACACCGAACGUUUGUCGAAUAAAUUAUGGUGAUGAUAUUUGCGUUGUUAAAACAAUAAGAGCUGUCAAAGCGAACGAAGCUCUCAAUGGUAACUAUGGUGCUAUUUUUCAAGUUGACUUGAGGAAAGAACGUCAGAAGAAGUUAUUAGAUCAAUAUUUCUUUUUAUGCCAAUGUGACGCCUGUAAAUUUGAUUAUCCUUUGUUCGAGAAUCUCCCCCAAUUCAUAUCAGACCAACAUUUUAAAUGUCAUCAUUGUGGAUCGAAUGUAGAAAGUAAUAAGUGUAAAUCUUGUUGUGAAUUUAAUUCACUUGACUGGUUUCAUACAAAAAAGGAACUUGUAGGAAAACAUGCUCUGUAUACAACAGCAUUUAAUGAUAUUGUAGAAGAUUGGGCGAAUUGUAAGAAGAACGAAAAAAUUGUCUUGAGCUAUUUAAUUAGUUUAGAAAAUAUUGUUAUUUGGCCAACAAUUGAAGCGUCUUCAGCUCAGGAAUCGCUUAAGAAGAUAUGGUCUGUAAGUGCAAGACAUAGAUUAAAUUAUAGAUAAGGAGAACUUUGAGAUUAUAACAAGGAAAGAAUAAACAUGAAAUAGCUGUUUGUUCAUUUUGAAUACGUUAUAUUGU